CGGCGCGUGACGUCAUGGCGUGAGCACGCGCUUAGUAAACAAGACAAGAACUUAGGAACGGCGUUUCAAGUCAACAGAGUGAUUGUGUCCCAAACCACAUCGAUUGUGUCCCAAACCACAUCCAUUUCACUAUGCAGUGCACUACUUAGUGCCAUCAUUUCCUUCUAAUAAGGGAGAAGUCUACAUACUAAACCUGUCCAUCUGGCUGACUCGUGAGUCUUUGAAAUGAAGGAGAAAUGAGAAACCACUAAAGCCACUGUCGUAUACGUGAAGCAUCGGCGACUGAACGCUCCUGUCACGAUGAGCGCUUCCAAGCCAGACAUCCUGUGGUCCCCGCACCAAGCUGACCGCUUUGUCAUCUGCGACUCUGAGCUGAGUCUGUACCGAAUCACAGUUGGCACCUCAGAGGCCAAAGCCGGCGCGCUGCCGUUAUCCGAGGAGACGGCGGCGACGCUUCUGGCCAUUAAUUCGGACACUCCGUAUAUGAAAUGCGUUGCCUGGUACCCAAAGCAUGAGCCGGAGUGUUUGCUCGCUGUGGGUCAGGCUAACGGUCGAGUGGUGCUCACCAGCCUCGGACAGAGCCACAACUCCAAAUGCAAGGAUCUGAUGGGGAAGGAGUUUGUGCCCAAGCACGCACGGCAGUGUAACACGCUGGCAUGGAACCCAGUGGACAGCAGCUGGCUUGCUGCGGGCCUGGACAAGCACCGAGCAGAUUUCUCUGUUCUGAUUUGGGACAUCAGUAGUAAAUAUUCUCCUGAAGCAAUACCAGCUGAAAAGCUCCGUCUUUCUGGAGAUGUGGAUUCCGGCACUGUGGUGACAAAACCGCUGUAUGAGCUUGGACAAAAUGAUGCAUGUUUGUCUCUUUGUUGGCUGCCUCGGGACCAUCCGAAGCUUUUGCUCGCUGGAAUGCAUCGCAACCUGGCCAUAUUUGACUUGCGCAACACCAGCCAGAAAACCUUCGUCAACACCAAAGCUGUACAAGGUGUUGCGGUGGAUCCACACUUCCCUGAGCGUGUGGCCUCUUUCUUCGAGGGUCAGGUGGCGAUCUGGGACCUGCGGCGCUUUGAGAAGCCAGCGUUCACGCUCCCUGAGCAGGCCAAACCGCUCACCAAAGUGGCGUGGUGUCCGACACGCACUGGUCUUCUGGCUACCCUGACACGUGAUGCCAAUGUGGUGCGCCUGUACGACAUGCAGCACACACCUACGGGACCCGUCGGCUCAGACGAAAGCGAACCCACAGUGAUCGAACGUGGAGUACAACCGGGCAGCGGUACAGAUGGCGUCAUCAGCAGCUUUGCCUGGCAUCCGUCCGCUCAAAACCGCAUGGUGGUGGUAGCACCCAAUCGUGCCAUGAGUGACUUUACAGUGUUUGAGCGAAUCUCGCUGGCCUGGAGCUCCACCACCGACCUGGUCUGGGCGUGCGGACGCCACCUGUACGAGUGUGCCGAAGACAUCAGAGACGGCGGAGUGGCCGAGAAAGACAUCGCCACUAAAAUGAGGGAGCGUGCUCAGUCACGCUACGGCCAUGACACCGUCCAAUUAUGGAGGAACCACUUGCUGGCUGGUGGAAAUGAUCCACAGAUCAGGUCCCUCUGGUACACCUUACAUUUCAUGCAGCAGUACACUGAGGACAUGGAGCAGCGACAGCAGGGAAACAAACAGUCUCUGAUCUACUCAGGCAUCAAGAAUAUUGUCAAGUCCUGUUCUGGUACCACGGAGUUACGGCGCUGCUGGAAAGGCUCGGAGAAGCCGACAGACGUGGUGCAGUAUCACAGCGAGGAGCGCAGCUUGGCUCUGCAGCUGUGCGGCUGGAUCGGUCGCGGGCCGGACGUCGACAUCGAGCCGUUUCUCAGGUCUCUGGAGCAGGAAGGAGAAUGGGAACGAGCCGCAUCCGUGGCCCUCUUUAACCUCGACAUACGCCGGGCCAUCCAGAUCCUCCAAAAAGGAGCGUCGGCAGAUAAAGCCGACCUGAACCUGAACGUGGUGGCCAUGGCUCUGUCCGGAUACACGGACGAGAAAGCGUCUCUGUGGAGGGAGAUGUGCAGCACGCUGAGACUACAGCUGAAGAAGCCUUACCUGUGUUCCAUGUUCGCCUUCCUCACCAGCGAACCCGGGGCGUACGACACCGUGCUGAACGAGAGCCGCAUUGCUGUGAGAGACCGAGUGGCCUUCGCCUGUAUGUUCCUCAAUGACAAUCAGCUGUCCCGGUUCAUCGAUAAGCUGACCAAUGAGAUGAAGGAGGCGGGGAAUCUGGAGGGCGUUCUGCUGACCGGUCUGACGAAGGACGGCGUGGACCUGGUGGAGAGCUACGUGGACCGAACGGGAGACGUGCAGACCGCCAGUUUUUGCUUGCUCAGGGGUUCCAGUGUUGAAGUAGUAAAGGAUGCCCGUGUACAGUGCUGGAUCGAGAACUACCGCAACCUGCUGGACGCCUGGAGGUUCUGGCACAAACGGGCCGAAUUCGACAUCCACAGGAGCAAACUGGACCCCAGCUCUAAGCCUCUCGCUCAGGUGUUUGUAAGCUGUAACUUCUGCGGGAAGUCCAUAUCGUUCAGCUGCUCCGCCCUGCCCCAUCAGGGCCGCGGUUUCAGCCAAUACGGCGUCAGCGGCUCGCCAACCAAGUCAAAGGUCACCAGCUGUCCGGGCUGCCGGAAACCGCUGCCACGCUGCGCCCUCUGCCUCAUGAACAUGGGAACACCAGUGUCUUCCUGCACAAGCACCGGAAAGUCUGGAGAGAAGGUCGACCUUCCGAGAGAUAAGACACUCGCUCAGUUCAACAACUGGUUCACUUGGUGCCACAACUGUCGCCAUGGAGGUCACGCUGGUCACAUGCUUAGCUGGUUCAGAGACCACAGCGAGUGCCCGGUUUCAGCAUGCAGCUGUAAAUGCAUGCAGCUCGACACAACGGGUAACCUGGUGCCUUCAGACCGGUUAUAACCACGCAGUGUUCCAGCCUUCAGACCUGAUCAGUUGAAUCCAGACAAACGUUUAGUUCCUACUAAUGAAUGGACUCCAAUUAAAACAAAAAUUUGCCCUGUGACUGGGCAACACAUGAAAAUAGAUUUGUUUUACUGCUUCUGCUGUUUAUAAAGUGCAGUUUUGAGCAACA